AUGAUAUCAAGUAAUGGUCUUAAACGUAAAUCAUUAGCUCACGCUCCCAAUUCAGACAAUACUAAAUCAAUAACAACAACAACAACAACAUCAUCGUCAACAAAACGAUUCCGUGGCACUGUUUUGAAUGGAAAAUCUCCGUGCAACGAUGAUCAAAUGUCAUAUUUAUCAUCUGAACAAUUGACAAAGAUGACAAUUUGUAAUAGUAAACAAGAAAUGACAUCAGAAUAUCGACAACUUCAAUAUGAAUUACAAUGUCAGGAAGCACUAUUGCUUCUCAUGCAAAAACUUAAAAGUAAUCAACGAAUAUCUUCUCAAACAAACAACAAUCAACAGCGAACAACACCUGUCAACGCAACGAAAUCAAAUUCGAGUACACCAAUCAAGCAACCAUCGAAUUCGACGAAUCGAUCAACUCCAUCUAAGCCACCUCAUCCCAAUCAAUAUACAGUUAAUCGAGCAAAUAAUGCCAAUUCACAGCAGCAAACAGCUAAAGUUUCUGUGCCAUUACCUCAAGCGACUCGCCAAUCAAACAAUAGUACAUUACCAGCAACAGCUAUUCGCUUAUCAACGGCAGCACCGACGACGACGACGACGACAAAGAGUUCGUCUGUGACAUCCGCAACAAGUAGUUCUUCGAAAAACAAUGGAACUAAUUCAGAUCAACAUUUAUUGAGUGCCAAAUUAGCGUUACGCAAGCAAUUAGAACAAACACUUCUACAGAUUCCGACACCAAAACCGACGACAUGUGAUUUGACAUACAUACCGGGUAUUAAUGGUUGGUCGGAAUUUUUAACUUUAAUCGGUCUUGAACAAGCAUUUAAUACAUAUAGUGAUUUUGUUAAUCGCCGUUUAACACCGGAAUAUUCAUUGAAUUUACCGAAUAUAUGUGCUCAGUGUGGUACCGAUUGGUCAGUAACAUGGCACGAAGUUCCUUCGGCGGACGAAUCCACUACCGAUGACAAGAUAUUUUGUGAUCGCUGUCGAAAGACUUCUCAAAAGAAGAUUCUUAAGCAGGAUCAUUCAAAUCGUCUGCGACAAGCGUUCAUGAAAGCAUUGCAGCAAGAAAAAGAACUCGAUGCUAAAUUUCAACAACAACAAUCAUCAACAACUAUUAAACCAACCAUACCGCCGCCGCCACCGUCGUCGUCAUCAUCUCAUCAUAAACAUUCAAGUAAAUCUUCAUCAACAAAGACCAGUUCGAAUCAUCAUUCUACAAAACAUUCAAAUAAUCAUCAUCAUCAUCACCAUCAUAGUGGUAGUAGCAACAAGACUAGCAAUAGUUCGGCGAAACAACCGAAUCCACUUGACGUAUUUGCAUCAUCCUUAGCUGCACUACCAACGAAUGAACAAAUAGAAUUAUUUCAAAAACAUUUCUUGUCGAAUAUGUUUCCAUUAGCUAUGGCCAAUCAAGCUGCUGCAUUGGCUGCUAAAUCGACUCAACAGCAACAACAAGCAUUAGCUGCGUCAUUACCUGCUAUGGCUGCAUCAUUGAUGCGUCAAGGCAAUCCAGCUCAGUAUCUACUCGAUAUGAUACCGCAGGCAGCUAAAAAACAACAACAACAACAACAACAACACCAUCAUCAUCGCCAUUCAAAAUGA